ACUCGCUGCUGUUUUUCGUGAAAUAGAGAGGAAACCGAGGAAACUGCAGUCGGGCUGCUGCCGUAAAGGUCCUAUUCUCCUACCUUACUCGAAUGUUACCAAGAUGUCUGCACAUUCAUUGUUGGCUGAGAGAAUUAUCCUGGCUAAAGAGCUAAUUAAAAGAGCAGAAGCUCUUUGCAGAUCCCAAAAACAUGGCAUAGAAGGUGGAGCAAAACUUUGCAGUAAAUUAAAGGCAGAACUAAAAUUCUUGCAGAAAGUAGAAGCUGGUAGACUAUGCAUCAAAGAGUCUCAUCUGCAGAGUACAAAUCUCACUCAUCUGCAUGCUGUCAUUGACUCAACAGAGAACUUGGAGGGUAUUGUUGGGGUUCUCCAUGUUUUUACUUAUAAGGAUUCAUUUGGUGAAAAACAAAAUUUGGUGGUAGAUGUAGUUGCAAAUAAUGGGCAUACUUGGGUGAAAGCAGUUGGUCGAAAAGCUGAAGCUCUGCAUAACAUUUGGUUGGGCAUGGGCCAGUAUGGUGACAAGAGUAUUAUUAAACAAGCAGAGGAUUUCCUACAAGCAAGCUGUCAACAACUAGUACAAUAUUGCAGCCCACACAUUAUUUUUGCUUUCUACAAUGGUUUGUCCAGCCCAAUGGCAGAAAGACUAAAAGAGAUGGGUAUAUCUGUGCGGGGAGAUAUUGUUGCUGUGAACUCAUCAACGAACUGCCUUAAAGAAGAUCACUGUUUAAGUUCUAAUGAAUCUGACAAUGGGGAUGAAUGCUUUCAAGUGACUAAAGUAGAUCGGGAUAUCUUAAUAGCCAGUGUUGCAUUUCCUACAACAUUGAAAGUAAAUACAUGCAAUAGGGUUAAUUUAGAUAUUACUACUAUGAUUACAUAUAUCUCAGCCUUAAGCUAUGGAGGCUGUUACUUUAUAUUCAAAGAGAAAGUUUUAACUGAACAGGCCUUACAAGAACGAUGUGAGAGUGUUCUCCCACAAUUGGAGGAAUUCAUGAAGGGCAAAGAAUUGUUUGCUUGCGAAACGGCAAUCAAAGAUUUUCAGAUUAUUGUAGAAACUAUAGGAGGUCCUGGAGAAAAAUAUAGAGCCACAUUGCUUAUGGAUAGAAUCCAUGUGGUCCCAGACCAACUCUCUGAAUGUGCCUCAAGAUUAGUACCUAGCUCUAAAAUCAAUAGCCGUUCUCUGAUCAUCUUUGGGACAGGAGAUACUUUAAAAGCCAUCACUAUGACAGCAAACAGUGGCUUUGUUCGGGCAGCAGCAAAUCAGGGGGUAAAGUUUAGUGUGUUUAUUCAUCAACCAAGGGCAUUGACAGAAAGCAAAGAAGCUUCUGCCACACCUUUACUAAAGCACUAAGCUGAUUCCAAAUAUUUAUACCGUUUAUAGCUGAAGGAAUUUUAGAAAUAGAAUAGUGCAAUUCAUAUAAAUAUUGAUCUUAUGUAGCCACAGUUUAUUCAUUUGACUCAACUGAACUGAAAGAAACUUAGGGCAGAUAUACUUUGUUGUGCUUCACCUACUCAUGUAUAAGUAUGUAUAAAUGUUAUACAACUUGA